GAUAUCCGGUAACAAACUUCGCGCUUUGAGUUUGAGUUCAAGGGGAGAUUUGAAGAUGGAAAACUUCAUCCUGUAUGAGGAAAUUGGAACAGGACGCAAGUCAGUGGUUUAUAAGGGGAGGAGGAAAGGGAGCAUCAAUUUUGUUGCAAUUAUUUGCAGUGACAAGUCAAAAAGACAUGAAAUUACUAACCACGUACGGCUAACUCAUGACAUUAAACAUGAGAAUGUGGUAACCUUCUAUGAGUGGUAUGAAACCAGCAACCAUCUUUGGCUUGUAGUGGAACUGUGCACAGGGGGUUCACUGGAGUCAGUCAUCACCCAGGAUGAGUGCCUGUCAGAAGAUGUAGUGAGGGAAUUUGCCAUCGAUCUGGUCAAAGGCUUGAGAUACAUCCAUGAUGCUGGUAUCGUGUUCUCUGACCUCACUCCCUCCAAGAUCUUGUUGGAUGGCCCUGGCACUUUGAAGUACUCUAACUUCUGCCUGUCUAAAGCUGAGGGGGAGAAUCUGGAGGAGUUUUUUGCUUUAGUCACAGCAGAGGAAACAGGUGGAGGGGAUGGCAAAGAAAACACAUCAAGAAGAAAUAUCAAGAGCAGAAUCCAAGGGUCUCCAAUAUACUGUGCACCAGAGGUGGUCAAAGGGGGGGACCACAGUAUCAGUAGUGAUCUGUGGGCCCUGGGCUGUAUAUUCUAUGAGAUGUUUUCAGGAAAACCACCAUUCUUCUCCGAGACGUUUUCUGAGUUGAUUGAGCUGAUAUUACUUCAGGAUCCUCAAUCUCCAAGGCAAACGGGGGCUUCUUCCUGCAAGCCUACACAAGAGUUCCAAAGCCUGCUUAAAGGUUUGCUUCAGAAAGACCCUCAGAAGAGGAUAAACUGGACUCAGUUACUGGUCCACCCAUUCUGGAGAGGAGUGUUCUCUGAGGUCCACACCAGUGAGGAAGAGGAAGAAGAAGAAGAAGAUGUCUCAUUCAGCUCCAGUGUGGGGAGGAGUGGUGUCUGUGCCUCUAGCCAGUCAUCAGCAGUGACACCUGUCUCAGUGACCUCCCAGGGACCAGGAGGGGGAUACAGAGGGGUACAGGGAGGGGCCGCAGGGGCAGAGGAGCCCGUCCGCAUGCACCCCAACAAAUCAUUCCGAUUAGACAAAAUGACAGAGCUUAGACCAAAGAGUGCACUGGACAAAGAUACCAGGGAGUCCAUAUUCCUCCUCAGCUCUCGUCCAACUCCAAGAAUGAGUUGCACUGCAAGAGAUCCACCCAACAGGACACCAUUACCUCAAGACAGUGUGGUGGCCAGUGGUCUGAAUGACAUCAGUUACUGUAUAAAGGACCUGGUGUACACUGACUCUGACCUGGCAGUAACACCUAUUAUGGACAACCCAAAGAUUCUGAAGACCGCUCCAGUGCGAUAUGACCUGAAGACUUUGUGUGUCCGAGCAUAUUCAGUGGAGAAGCUGUCCUGUCUGAGCUCUGAGGACUGGAGGGUGUUUCUGCAGCAGCUGUGCUCUUCUCUGGAGGCCCAGGCUGAUAAGACCACGGCGGCGGUCCGCUCCAAACUCAACCUCCUCUGCUAUCUGUGUACCGUAGCUGCCCACAAGGACACAGCAACCAGGCUCAUCAACUCCGAGCUGUUCCCUGUGUUGACCCAGCAGCUGCGUCUAGCACCUAACUGGGAUGCUGUUGUCAUGUUCACGGAGCUGAUCAGGGAGAACUUCAGGAACAGCAAACUGAAGCAGUGCCUGCUGCCGCCACUGGGGGAGCUGCUCUACCUCAUCGCCACACAGGAGGAGAAGAAAGAGAACCCAGGAGAGCUGUGGGUUGUUCCUGCUGCCGCCUACACGGUGUUAAUGAGGUGCCUUCGGGAAGGGGAGGAGCUGGUUGUGAACCACAUGGUGUGUAAGAUGGUGGAGAACGUGUGUACCCCGGCGUCUCACUACGCCCAGGGCUUCAUCACCGGGGAGAUAGGCCCCAUGCUCUGGUACCUGUUCACACACUCCAGCGUCGACUCACUACGCGUCAGCGCCAUCUCAGCCCUGUGCAGAAUCACCCGCCUCUCAGCCAGUGCCUUCCACAGUGUGAUUGACAAGGUGGGGCUGCCAGCCAUCUUAGCCAGCCUGGUGUCGGGGAUCAGCCGUGUCCAGCAGCACAUACUCACCAUGUUCUCUGCCAUGCUGGCGUCAGGGGCCCACGCCCAGCUACACAGACUAGUCCAGGAGCGGGACUUUGUGGUGAAGAUAAUGCGUUCACUGGAGAGCCCGUCCUCUGUCAUCAGAGCCAAGGCCUUCCUGGUUCUCCUUCAGGUCCUCUGCAGCAACAGGGACAUGCUGCUACUCUGCUGCAACUCUAGACUGGUGAUGUACAUUGAAAGAGACAUCAGGCAGGCCACGCCAGGGAAGGAGCUACAAAGCAGCAAUGAAUACCUGUCAAAAUGCCUCGAUCUGCUCAUCCGUCACGUCGUGCUGCAGCUGCCAGCCAUUCUGGAUGACAUGCUGUCUGCGCUGGGCAGUAUAGUGGGCAGGAAGCAUCCCUCCACUGUUCAGGCCAAGCAGCUGAAACAGAGUGUACCCAUGAUGACUGUGGUGCUCCACCUCCUCACCUCUCAGCAACAAAAGAGUGAUCAAAUGAAGAUCCUACAGCUGUACAACACUUUGAUGUUUGUGACAUGUUACAGCUCCCCAGCCCCAGCUACAGCUCCCCAGCCCCAGCCCCAGCUACAGCUCUCCAGCCCGAACCCCAGCUACAGCUCCCCAGCCCCAGCUACAGCUCCCCAGGCCCAACCCCAGCUACAGCUCCCCAGCCCCAGCUACAGCUCCCCAGCUCCAACACCAGCUACAGCCCCCCAGCCCCAGCUAGAGCUCCCCAACCCUAGUUACAGCUCCCCAGCCCCAACCCCAGCUACAGCUCCCCAGCCCCAGCUACAGCUCGCCAGCCCCAGCUACAGCUCCCCAGCCCCAGCUACAGCUCCCCAACCCCAGUUACAGCUACCCAGCCCCAACCCCAGCUACAGCUCCCCACCCCAGCCCCAGCUACAGCUCUCCAGCCCCAGAUACAGCUCCCCAGCCCCAGCUACAGCUCCCCAGCCCCAGCUACAGCUCGCCAGCCUCAGCCCCAGCUACAGCUCCCCAGCCCCAGCUACAGCUCCCCAGCUACAGGUCCCCUGCCCCAGCUACAGCUCCCUAGCCCAAGCUACAGCUCCCAAGCUUAAGCCCCAGCUACAGCUCCCCAGCCCCAGCUACAGCUCCCCAGCCUUAGCCCCAGCUACACUACAGCUCCCCAGCCCCAACUACAGCUCCUCAGCCCCAGGUACAGCUCCCCAGCCCCAGCUACAGCUCCCCAGCCCCAUUCCCAGCUACAGCUCCCCAGCCCCAACUACAGCUCCUCAGUCCCAGCUACAGCUCCCCAGCCCCAUUCCCAGCUACAGGUCCCCAGCUACAGCUCCCCAGCUACAAGUCCCCAGUCCCAGCUACAGGUCCCCAGCCCCAGCUACAGGUCCCCAGCCUUAG